AAUAUGAAUGGCAAAAUGUAUUGUUCGACGUCUUCCCAAAGAGCAGCAACUUUGCGGUUCUCCAACUUAAGGCGAGUCCGUUAAAUUGGUUUGUUUGAACAAUUCUGCUUGAAAUUUCAUCGUCAAAAGCGCCACAAGUUAAAGAGGACAUGGAGAAGAUUUAGAGAAGUGUUCAAUCUGGUUAAUUUGUCGUCGAACGGAGACAACUGUUGAGCACUAGUGUUGGUGUGUGAGAGAAGAGCCUGCCCUGGAGAUGGGGGACCGGGAGCCUCCAGUGUUUGGGUCCCUGGAGGAAGAGCUGGAGUACUGGAAGGAGCAGGCUGCCAAGCACCAACAGAGUGCAGAGGAAGCUCAGGAGGAAUUGCAGGAGUUCCAGCAGAUGAGUCGGGACUACGAGGUGGAGCUGGAGACGGAGCUGAAGCAGUAUGAGACGCGAAAUCGCGAGCUUCUGGCUGCCAACAACCGGCUGCGCAUGGAACUGGAAAACUAUAAGGAUAAGUAUGAGACGCAGCACUCUGAGGCCUGUCGGCAGAUCUCCAGCCUGGAGGGAGACCUGGCUGAAACCACUGCCGUCCGAGACCAGCUUCACAAAUACAUCAGAGAGCUGGAGCAGGCCAACGACGACCUGGAGAGGGCCAAGAGAGCGACGAUCAUGUCACUGGAGGACUUCGAGCAGAGGAUGAAUCAGGUCAUAGAGAGGAACGCCUUCCUCGAGAGCGAGCUGGACGAGAAGGAGAACCUGUUAGAGUCCGUGCAGAGACUGAAGGACGAAGCCAGAGACCUGAGGCAGGAGCUUGCCGUGCAGCAAAAACAGCAGGUACAGGAGAGGAAACCGUCCUUCAGCAGUGCAGCCAAAGAGCCUUCUUCAUCAGCGUCAUCCUCCUCGGCCGGGCUGCCUACUCCUCCUCUCACCCCAUUAGACAAAAGAACAGAAGACAAACUCGCGUCUUCGUCCUCUAACCAGCCCCUUCCCUCCGCCGCCACGCCGUCCAGACCCCCCGCCUCCGCAGAGCCCUUCAGCACCCCGCAGCCCCCCGUCAGCAGAGGUGAAAGCCUGUCUGGGACCCCGCUCACCACGUCGGCGAGGAUCUCUGCUUUGAACAUCGUCGGAGAGCUGCUGAGGAAAGUCGGGAGUCUGGAGUCCAGGCUGGCAUCGUGUCGGGAAUAUGUCCAAGAGCAGGCGGCGAAUCGCAGAGCCCACGCUGGUGGACAGGGGGCAGCAGCGGGUCAGAGCAACUCCUCAGAGAGCCAUCCAACCAACGGCCUCUACAACAAGGGGCUCGUUAAGAGGUUGGAUUUAGGAGCUGGAUCCAAGCUGCUGCUGUGAAAGUAAAAAUGCUGUUCGGCCCGUCGUCUCUGUCCACCCCGGGUCUCCCGAACGUGACACAGGUAUCGCCCUUGUCGCCUCUUCAGGACACAGACUACCGAAGCUCCGCGGACACGUUACUCCAGACACGUCGGGAUGUUUUUGUUUGUUCGUUAACAGGACUCUUUUCAGCACUCGCACUUGGCUUUGAACUGAUCUACUGAACCCUCUCAGCUCCUUUUGUUUGGAUCUUCUUGUUUUCUCCUCUCCCUCUAAAGUUUUGUUCAGAUUAAAGACAAAGUGAGCUUGAGAGACGUCUGAUGGCUGAGCACUGGACGGGCACCUUUAUGCACACACUGGGGGGUAAAACUGCCUUUAAACCUCCCGACAGUCAAAAAGCUUCCACCAUCAGGAGUGUCUCUGAUUUGACACAGAGGAGAUGAUAAGCACACGCGGUGGCCUAGAAAGACGAUAUGUUUACAUAUUCUUACAGACUGAGCAAAGACUUUGACCCAACAUUACUUAGGGCUGGGCAACGUGUCGAUUUGGUAAAUACGUCGAUAUAUUUUCAAAAAAUCCACAUGGUUCACUUCUACGUGUAGUGUGAAUAAUGACUUGAAAUGUAACGGUACAUGUUAACUUAAUGUUUGUGGUAGCAGAAAACUUGAGAGGGAAAUCAGACUUUGUUAACAAAAACACAUUUUUACCGGAUUUACCCGUCACUUCAGAUCCAAACUGACUGCAGGGUUUCUGCCGCUGUGCUACAACCCUGCCCGAAGCUGCUGGGAUUCAUGGCUUUUUCUAGCAAAACCUCUGUAACCACCUUUAUUCUAGUAACUAAAGCUAAACUAAAAGGGUGGCGUGGCAAGUCAGCUACUAAAGGCCCAUUUUGAGCCAGGAAAUAUCCCAGAGGUGUUUCCCAAACUUCCACGCCACCACGUUUAUUAGAAUAUUAAUAACAAAAAACUGAACUGAAACUAAAAAUCCACUGCAGGAACCAACCGAAACGAUUGAACGACUAACUCUGCCAGUAACCCAGAACAGCCACCGCCGUGCAGUAACACGAACUAAUGAUGAGCAGCUUCUGCUCUGGCAGGUAAACUUCCUGUUUUUGUGAAUGGAGUCUGGUGGAGCGUCGCAGCUUCAUGUUUUACCACAAAGAGCAACUGUGAAAAGUCUUUGAAACAGAGCUUCCACUUAAACUCACAGUGACUGAACCUCAAACAAGCAGCGUUUAUGUUCAACAGCAGAACGAAGGGUGGGAGAGGUCAUGUGACCGCCCAGGAUGUAAUGUGUAUUAAUGUUUUUGUCUAUAUCGCCCAGCUCUAACAUGACUGAAGAUUUUACUGCUGACUGAGGCAGCAAAGCUCAGAAGGAAUAGUGUUGUUACCUUUGACCUUUGACCUUUUAUAAGGAAGUCUAUUUUUGAAGGAUCUUGUGACACCAGGUGACCAUUUUGGGAUGUAUCUGUCAAAGGUGUGUAAAUGUGUUUAUAAUGAUUAAUUGAAUGUGAGACGUUGGCUCCUGCAGCUCCAUGUGGCUCUUUGGCCUCGUUCUGUGGUUCACUCUUUGCCUUCCGGUUCUCGGGCAGUUCUCCAUGAAUUUCAUUUUAGUUUGUCAAACUCAGACUAAAACCUAGAUUGAGGUGGGCAGAACACAGUAAAUGGUUUUGUUUGGGUUUAUUAGUGUUAUUGUCUUAAUUCUGGAGUUCAGCUCAGUUUGUCAUCAAUAACCUGAGUGUGGAGGAAGGAGGGUUUCUCACAGUUGAAGUUUGUGGCUGUCCGUCCGCACAUGUGGCGUUCACAAUUCUGCCAUCUACAAUUAUUUCACGAAGACUAACCGAUGGACAUAAUGAGCUGGUCUGACUCCGCCCUCCUGGAUUGUAACUGGUAGUCUUUGUUCUCAGUGUAAACCAGCUCUUCACCACUUUGCUGUUUUUAACUCGCAGUGCGACUGCAGGAUGAAGCAGCUGAAAGAUUUCUUUCAAAAUCAGAGCGAGAGCAUCGUCCACCUCCGAUGGUGCGUUCACACUAAAGAAUCGAAGAAUCGUCACAUGAAAAUCCACAAUUAUUCAAUCGUGACAGCCAACGAGACGAGGAAGAGUCCAGCCCACAGCUGGAAUAACUUUUCAGUAGCAUAUUUUCAGAGUUUCACAGGAAGUCUUCCUUUUCUCCACGUUCUCCAAGUUAACUUGAGUAAUGCCUCGAGAUUCAAACAGCGACCGGUGUCAGGAGAAUCUCAGCUGAUCGCCUGAAAUAUUUUUACCUCCAUUCAUGUCACCAGCUCAAAAUUUAGUCUCCUUCUUUGCAUAAACUUUGAUUCUUUGUUCUGUGAACGCACCAUAACGCUCAGGUGAAGAUGAACCCAAUAAAACUGGUUUUAUUCCUCUGUGUGGUGGAAACAUUAGGAAAGAUUAGCCGUGGAUAUUCAUCGUUCCUGGAUGAUGAUUACUAAUGAUUCUGGAGACUUCCCUUCAGACCAAAGUUCAGUUUUAUACUUAAAGUGUUUCACUUAAAUCAUCAGAUUGACAUGAAAUUUACAGGUAACAUUAAUGCCUCUAACAGGGUGAAACUUUAUAACUUAUUGUAAAUUCCUGCAUUUAAAAUAAAAUUACUUUUUAACCUUCCAAAACGAACCAAAGCUACCAACAGAAUGUAAAUAACUGCUAUAAAUUUGUGCCCAAAUUGUACCAGGAUACGGUGCAGCAGGUCUGGGAAAGCACAUCUGGUGAAACACUGCCCCCUGCUGGUUAAAGAUUGUAAACGGUAGUUACAAAAAGUACCUCUGGCGACCCUCAGGAUAUUUCAGAUGAGCUUUUAUGCUUAGAAAACUUUGUUCCGUCCAAAAGUUUGAUGUUAUAGCUAAUGUGUAGAUGUUAGAUGAUUGUAAUGAUGGAGAUUUGUGAGAUCUGUGUGGCAGACGGGUAGUUUAGGCACUUUUGAGUCUGUGGAGACGUUUGUUAGAUCCCUCUGCGGGGCUGCUUCUGUCUUUCCAGGAGUGAAAUCUGAAACAUCUUCUGUUUCUGAGGAGAUUCGAUGACUUCAGUGAAGGCUACUCGUGUUUUAUGUUAAAAAAGUAUGUUGUAGUGUUGUCUACUCACUGUAGGGUCACUAAAAUGUAGGAUGAGGAUGUGUAGGUUGGGUUGCUCAAGUCUUGAGGCAGGACCUGUUAUAAGUAGCUGCUCAGGGUGGGUGUAAAGCAACAGGCUCUGGUGUUUUUCUUUUGCCUUAUGUGACUCUGUAAAAAAAAAAAAAGUGCUUGCAUGCUCACAUGAAGUGCUGAAGACCUGUUCUGGCCUUUGUUGUUGUUUACCUUCAGCGCUGCUUCUGAAAAAGCAAUAAAACUUGAAACGCA